AUGGAGGAGACGUUGGAGCAGAUGCAGGCACGCCACCGCAAGGAGCAGCGCGACCUCGUGGCGCGGACGACGAGCAAGAAGAAGAACGCGACGAAGAAGACGCGCAAGGGCGUCAAUGACGAGUGUGCCGAGCUCGAGCGGGUCUUGAAGGAGAGGCAGGCGGAGGAGCUCGCGGCGGCGGCGAGGGGCGAGGACCAAGAACAAGACGAAGAAGAGGAGGAACAGAAGCGAGAGCAAGCGGCGGCCGAUGCUGCGACUAACGAGAUCGACGAACUCGCGGGACGGCUAGGUGGGGCAGCCAUAACCGGGACGCAAGGCAAGGAGGUGCAGCAGGAGGAGGCCCCUUCGCAGGGAGGCAAGAAGCGGAACCGACAGAAGGAGAGGCUCGCGAGGCGGGCGGCGGAGCAGGAGGAGGCGGCGGUGCGGGCGGAAGAGGAGGCGAAGAACAUGACGGACCACAGAGGUAUCGAGAAGAAAUACAUGGCCGGUGUAUUCGAAGCCAAUGGACUCGUGGAGAAGGACAUACAGCCGGAUGGGCACUGUCUGUUCUCGGCGGUGGCGGAUCAGCUGAAGCAGCGUGGUGUUCCGCUGGGGGUUGGCAGUGACAGCACCGAAUCGUACCGCAUCGUGCGGAGGGCGGCUGCGGACUGGAUGGCAGGACGACCGGACGACUAUGCACCUUUUCUGGAAGAGCCGCUGGACGGAUACCUCCACAAGAUCCGGGACACGGCUGAAUGGGGCGGGCAGCUAGAGCUUGCGGCGCUGGCGGCGCGGUACGGGGUCGAGAUCAAGGUCGUCCAGGACGGGCGUACGGAGACGAUCGAGACGCCAAGCGGCGGCAAGGACGGCAAGGCGACUGAGGUCAUAUGGCUGGCGUACUACCGCCACGGUUACGGUUUGGGUGAGCACUACAACUCGCUCCGUAAGGCGGCGUGA